AGUCUCUUUCUCCACAUUGGGCACACACACACACACACGGAGGGCCCUUCCUCACAUGUCUCCAGUCCAGUCUGUCAAAUCACGCAGCAUGUGAAGCCCCUGCGAGCCUGGAAAACUUUCUGGAUACUUCAUUAAGCGGCUAUAAAUGUGCAUCUCUUCCGGAUAAUACUUCUGACUUGUCUUGGGGGCUUUUCUCGUUCUGAUACAUUGGCUCUGAGGGCUUUCUGUGGACUGAGAUGGUGCAAUGCUCCACAGGACAGCACCGCGUGUAUGUUGCUUGUGGAUCCUGCUCUCCAGUGUGUUGAUAUGGAGAGUUCACUGCGCCAGCUCGCAGAGCUGUCAUGAGGUUAAAACCGCUUUCCAGCUGCGCCAAGUCGGUUCAUUAAGAUGGGUUCCGGAGACCGCAGCAACAGAUGCAGAUCUUCUCAUCUGCAAACACCAGGGUCCCACUUGCUGCACCCGCAAGAUGGAGGAGAGCUACUACGCCGCUGUCCAGAGAGACACACUCCAGAACAUUCUCUCCUAUAGCUUCGAACUCAAAUAUCUCAUCCUGGGCCAUGCCUCUUAUUUCCAGGAUACCUUCCAUUCCCUGCUCUCCUUCACUCUAAAUCAUACCUACUCGCUCUUCGACAGCACCUACGAGACGAUCUCUCAGGACGCGAAACCCUUGGUGUCUACCCUCUUCUCUGAUCUUGACCUCUACCUCCGUGGAGAUACCAACAUCUCUGUGGAACACUCGGUCCACAGUUUCUACGACAAACUCUUCCCAUUGGUAUACCAACAUCUGGUCAAUCCAGGCUUGGGCUCAAAUGUUUCUACCUGGUCCUCCGAAGGAAGCGCGUGCCUACGUGCCACUCGGCAUGAUAUCAACCCCUUUGGACCUCACCCUCAAGAACUUGCUCAGGGAUUGUCCAGGGCACUAGUUGCUGGUUGUGCCCUCAGUCGGGCACUAGCGGUAGGUGCUGAGGUUCUGAAUGCCACAGAGUCGGUGGGGAUGGCGCGCCAAUGUGGACGUGCACUGGUGCGGAUGUUGUUCUGUCCACACUGCCGUGGACUGACCCUGAUCCGGCCUUGCGGAGGUCUGUGUCUCAAUGUGAUGCGGGGUUGCCUGGCAGGCCUAGCUGAGCUGGAUGGGCCUUGGAGACGCUAUGUAGCAUUGCUGGAGGCGCUGAGCGGGGCACUAUCAGAGGGAUACGAAGUGGAAUUGGCGCUUCUACGCAUCCGGGAAAGAAUUAAUGAUGCCAUCCUUACUGCACAACUCCAUGGACCACAUCUUAGUGCUGUGGUGGGUAAGGUUUGCGGUUCCUUGACUGAACCAGUUUCCACCACUUCAGUCAGUCCCACUUCAAGAAGUUUGACGCCUUCAGUAAACCCAACCUUUGAGCUCCAAACCUCAGUCACGUCCUCCAGUCCUACAACACAACCUGAUACAGGCAACCAACACGAGCACAUAACGUUAAAAAGAAGGUCUUUGCCUCUGAAACCAUCCAAAAACGACAAGCCCAGAAGCCUGAAAAAGAUUUCAAAGGAGUUUAUGGGCUACAUCCAGCGGUACAAAUCGUUCUUCUCUACCCUGCCGGAGAUGCUGUGCGAGGGGGAGGUGGUGAUGGAUGAAAACACCUGCUGGAGUGGAGAAGAUGUGGUGGAGAGUUAUACAGGUCACGUGGUGGGGAAUGGACUGCAAGCCCAGAGACACAACCCAGAGAUAAAGGUCAGAAGUGUGGAUCCAAUUCUCAUCAAUGUGAAGGAAAGGCUAGAGUGCUUUAACCAGGAGAUGUGGGGAGAGAUGGGUUUAGGAACAGAUGGUCAUGAGGAUGUCGAGACCAGCAGCGGCGACGCAGCAGAAGGCAGCGGCGAGUGCGAUGAUGAAGACGGCUGUCAGGGAUCGGGGCGCGGUGAAGACGAGACAGUGCUCACUAAAAAGGAAACCCAUCUACGAAUUCCAAAACGUGACGCCAUUAUCCCAAUCCAGCAUCCCAACUCCAGAAGCAGCCCAGGCAACAGAGUUGCCCACAUCCUAACCAUCUCAUCCGCUCUGUUUCUUCCUCUCUUAUUCGUAAUACAGCUCCUCCUUUGGACCGAUGGAUUCUGACGCACAGUAAAAAGACUGAACGAUUCAAGCAUGCAUUUGCACUAGGCCCUUAGAAGUCUGCACAUUCGUCCUCUGAUCUCAUCAGACGCUCAGUAAGUUCUCAUGUCGGCCCCACACAGGAUACGACUACUCACAAACCGGUUAUUUGUUCGCUCUGGCCUGUUUUAAAGGUUUUUUGUAGCUACUAAGUAGUGUAAGCAGACAUGUGUGAUCAAGGUACGCCAUCAUUUCUUUGGUGGUUUUACUGUCGUAAUUUAUAGUGCCGCUAUUUUGAGACAUCACUGGAUAAGGAUUUACAGUUAUGUUCAUGUGGUUCGGUGCAUAUUAGAGUAACACAUCACAUCCUGAAUUCAUUUACACCCUCCUGCAGGAGUUAGGUUACGUGAAAAGGCUGUUUUGUUUUUAUAAAUGUGUGAAUAUUAUUGUACGUGUGAAUUAUAUUCAAGAAAGAAUGAAUUUUAAGUCUCCUUUUAGCAGUAUAACUGGGUGAAUCUCACAAAGGUUAUAUUUCACCGCAAAAUUAGAAAAUAAAGAAAUUAUUUUUGAAUGAAGCCAAUUUUGUAACAUUAAGAUGUUUUCCCAAUACUUAUUUCUGUAAUCUGAAUCAAUAAUUAGAAUAAAUAUUUUAAUCCCCCCCCCCAAAAUACAGUAAUGACAUUACAUUUCUUUGCAUCACAGGAAAAUGUACAUAAUUGCCAUAAAAAAAAUAGAAGUAAUGCAAUAAACCUUAAAGGUGCAGUGUGUAAUUUUUAGCGGCAUCUAGCAGUGAGGAUUCGAAUUUCAACCAACGGCUAAGUCCCCCGCUCACCCCGCUCUUUCGAAACGCAUACAGAAGCUACGGAAGCUAACAGGGGACAAAAACGUCGUCGUCUGUUACGCCUGACAGUAGCCAAUCAAGCCAUGAGGUUUCUGUACAAAGGUAAGUCAAAGAAUUAUAUUUACUUAAUUAUUCAGUAAACCAAUAUGUUACUGCGAAUAUUAUUGUUACUCAUUGAUCAUUGUCUCAGGUUUAUUCGCUGACUUGAUGAAAAGUUAGUAGGGUUGGGCGACUACCAAAUUGGCAUCGGACGAAGUCUACAGUGAAACAUCAUGAUGAAAAGUGAAAGUGAAAUGCGAUCGUGCAUACGAAAUCAGUUUCAAUGCCAUGUACAUUACUAGCGGCCCCCUGAUGCCCGCAAUUUAUGUACAGUAUAAUUACUUAUCGAUAUAACUGCGAGAGAAAGUAAUGAAAUAUAUAUAUUUUCCAUCUAAUGUUUAUUGCCUUUAAAACACAACUUUCUUUCCGAACACGGUAUUGGGAUGCGGUGGCUUGCAGGAGUGGAACGGGAGGAUGGGGUGCGAUGGGAUCACGAUGCGGGCUCAACAUCGUUAUGUCUGUCAGCCCAACCGCAUAAGCGCCUUCCAUCUGGGAAAAGCCACACCGAUGUUUAUCCGGGAUUUUUGCCGUCGUCUGUCCCGACUUCGUCUGGCUGCAUCAAGUUUUUUUUUUUUUUUACCGACGAAGACGUGACGCUGUGCCGGUUCUUGAACAACGUACUGACGAAACGCGCUCUGUAGAAGUUUGUCCGUUUAGGGCUACUAUAGAAACAUGGCGGCACUAAACGGCGACUUCCAUGUAAGGGGACCCGCGGUGUCUGUAGAUAUAAAUUGCUCGUUCUAAGGUUAUAAAAUCAUAACGGCUUAUUAUGUAAGGUCUUUACACACCUCUGAAAACAUAGUUUUGUAUGUUGUAUUGCAUUUCUGCCAAUAAAUUCUCCGAAAUAUUACACACUGCACCUUUAAUCUUAAAAGGGCGAUUUUCAUUACAAAAAAUAUAUUUUCUUUUGACUUUGAGUUGAAAAAUGACCCAGUUUUUGUAAGAUUGACCUUUCUGCUUGUGCAAUUGUAGGGCUUUUUUGUAAAAAGUCAAAUUGUACAUUUAACAUAUUUAUACUGAAAUCUAUGUAUACAAAGUGUGUAUAUGAUAGUUGGGUUUGUGCACAUAACCAUUUAAAACGAUGCAAAUAUCUUUUGAUUAACUGUAGAAUGUGGAAACACUUAAUUUUUAGUAGUCUUUCAUAACAUCGGCAUUUAACCCUUCUAGAUGCGACAUUUGCCUACAUAUUGUUUGUUUUUGACAGUACGCCGUGACGUCACAGUCUUAAACUUUUGUUUGAAUCCAUUAAUGUCACUUUCCAUGACUGCGCCCCGUGCCAUUUGUUAUUGUAAGUCCUCGCACAUAAGUCGAUCAAUAAAAUAUCAUAUUUUC